AUGUACGCCGAACUUCGCGAAAACAUCAAGAAUUUCCUCUUGAAUCACGACUUGUGCUCCAUGUGUGUGCUGCGCUAUCUCGGAGAAAAACAACAGGAGGUCUAUUGCAAGCUUUUCGAAGAAUGGCAGCAUCCCCACGAACCGCAGAGGAAACGAGUGCAGCGAACGACCUGUCCCUCGUGCCUCGGCAUCCUCGAUCCAGGCUUCAUUUUCGAAACAUUCGAAACGGUUGCCGACGCAGUUGCUCUGUCGAGCUGUACAUUCGAUGAUUUCCUGCUCUCGAUCUCGGUGCCGGCGGUGACGUUGAUCCGCCAGCGGCUCGUUUAUCUUCAGCUGAAAAGCAAAUUCGAGUACAACUUCAGCGAAGACUCUCUCGCCACGGUGAAAGAUUGUGUCAAGUAUGUGAUCGGGAGCCUGUUCGAGGAUGAAUUCAAAGUCCAGUUCUGUCCCGCUGCUUCAUUCCAAGUUAACAUCGUCCUCAAAGGUGAAUUCCGAGAAGCCGAACACCAGGCAAUCGUCAAGCUGUCGGCGAAACCGAAGAAGAAAUACAAACGCAACCAAAAAGAAGAGCAGGAGUUUUCCACGAAAGCCAUCACGGCUUUCCUUCAGGAAACGUCCGACGAAGAUUUUAUACGCGAGUUUAAAUUCCCUCCCGAAAGCACCAGCAGUCCGGAUGCUGCGACAGCUACCUGUGGCCACAAUCAGAUUUAUUUUGCCGGUCGCUACUGUAAGUUCAGUCGGGAACUAAGCCAGACCCCGUGGAUUAUCGACGGCGCACGAAGAAUGAAGGAUUCGGUCGAAGAGCUGAUAACGAACGUAGUGAAACGUUUUGUGCGCUGUGGACGCAUCACGUUUUCGUCCUCGGGACGCGAGGACGUCGACGUGAGAAUGCUGGGCGAAGGACGACCGUUCCUGCUCGAGGUAUGGAGCCCGAAACGAAUCGAGUGGUCGGCGGAGGAAUGCGCAGAAAUCGAAGAGGAAAUCAACUCAUCCACUAGCGAUAUUUCCGUAAAUCGGUUCCAGUUGAUCAACAGGGAGCAAAUCAAGGAUCUCAAAACCGGCGAAGAAAACAAGAGAAAAUUCUAUUGUGCCUAUUGUGUCACGGCGAAAGACACGAGCACAGUCGACUUUAGCAAGCUCACGUCUAUUGACAAUGUUGUGCUCAAACAGAACACGCCCAUGCGUGUCCUGCACAGACGAACGGCCAUGGUACGAGAACGCACAAUUCAUUCGGCGUCGGUCGAAAUUCAGGACGCCAACCAUUUCAAGCUCACGGUUUGCACGCAAGCAGGGACGUACGUCAAGGAGUUCGUUCAUGGGGAUAUGGGUAGAACGCUGCCGAACGUACGGACAAUCUUAGCCGAACAAGUGGAUAUUGAGGCUCUGGACGUGACCCAUGUGGACUUAGAUUGGCCGCCGGAUAGAGUGGCAGCCACAUCGCAGCAACAGAAACCACCUGAGCCGACACAACAACAGAACCGGCCUGAGCAGAUACAAGCACCACGACAACUACAACAACCAGUUGUAAUGAAUGGGCAUUCAGCAUUGGUUUGA